AUAAUUUCUCAGAGAUUUGCAUCCUCAAGUAAGGGACCUGACUCAAUGGAAACGUACUGUUUUCAGUGGGCGGGGCAACAGAUUAUGAGAGACAGGGUGGCCAAUGAGGAAUGAAGGAAGGGCUUCAUUUGUGACGUUUGCAGCUGCCCCCAAGUGUUCCAAUGAGUCUAGCGCCUAGGCAGUGUUGUCAGGCUGGGGAAAUGCCGUGAUAGGAAAGCUACUACAAGAGUCUCUUUGAGGAAUUCCGGAAGGUUUCACCUAUGGGACUCAUAGGCAGCCGCGUCCUGAGAUGCUGGGAACCUGAUUCAGUAGAUCUACUGCAGCAAGAAUACUCCGCAAGGCCCAGUAGUCAUAUUUCUGGCAGUCACAAGCGCAAGGAGAGCAGUGAGCACGAUUUGCGCCCAACAUGUGACAGCCACAGGUCUGAGAACCAAGAAGAGUAUCCACAGGAAUUUCUCAGUACAAGCGAUGGGAAAAGAGUUAAAAUUACAUCCGAGUAUGCUUACGAAAAAUUGUUUUUGAAUGGGGAAAACAGUGACAUUAAAAUCUCUGCUCUGGGUAAAGUAUGGUGUUUGCAUAAAAUAUAUUUAUGUCAUUCAGGUUACUUUGCUAAUAUGUUUGGAGGUUCUUCAAAGGAAUUACACAAAAAUAUGAUUGAACUUGAUAUAAAUGACAAGAAUAUAGAUGUCCAAUCCUUGCACUUUGUAUUAGGUUCCUUGUACAGGGAUGAGUGUAUCUUCAUGGAGCCUUUUAAAGUUCCAAAUGUUUUGGCAACAGCAUUCCUACUUCAGGUAGAAAAUUUAAUAAAGCAAUGUAUAGAGACCAUGAAGACAACAAUUAAUGCGACAACUGUAUGUGGUUAUUUUGCAGCAGCAGAAACAUAUGGGUUAGAUUCUGUAAGGGCAGAAUGCUUUGAAUGGCUUCUUCACAAUUUGAUGACACACCCAUGUGUUGAACUUUACAAAGAAAUUGGACUAGAGCUAAUGAAUUUGCUCAUCUCUUCUCCUGACUUACUUGUAAUGCAAGUGGAAAUAGACAUAUACACCAUGCUAAAACAAUGGAUGUUCCUUCACCUUAACCCAGCUUGGAAAGGCUCAAUGAAAGAACUUUUAGCUAAUGCUAACAACUGGUUUUCCCGGAACAGAGAAUGUAUUGGUAAUAUCACUUUUCUUGACACAGAAGAAGGAAUAACAUUUAAACCAGUGUUUAAAAAUUUGAGGUUUCAGCAUAUCUUCUGUGGCCUGUCUGCUAUAAGGGUUAUUGAACAAGAUUUUCUCAUACCAUCAGAGUGGUUAUCAUCUGUUUACAAACAACAAUGGUUUACUUUUCUCAAGGCAAGACGAUAUGGGGAAAUUGGGCCUCGAGACAUCAAUGAAACAGAAUUUGAAAGAUACAGCAUGCGGUGUGGUAAAAAGAUUAUCAAAGAUGGUAGAUAUAUCUGGAAGUGGUCAGGUUACAACUUUGGCUUUCCUUUACAUGUCAUUUUUACUAGCCAUUGCAUAAUUUUCAAGCAAAAUACUUGCAAUCAGCUGCGUGAAGUUUAUUCCACCUUACAACCUCUAAGAAAUAUUGCAUUUAGAUUAACUCUGGUAUCUUUUGAUGUUACUGGAAGACUAAGUUUCAGCAAAACAACUGGUUAUAAAAUACUUACCUUAAAAAAUGAUGAAGAACGUGUGAUAAUGAAGUUGGAUAGCAUACCUUUGAGCUUUCCUUUAUAUAUAUUCUGCAACUUCCUGUUUAUAUCAUUAGAAAAUACAAAAAAUUGCCAAUCUUGUACAUUAGACAAUAUUAACACUUAA